UUAUAAGAAAGUUUGAGUAUCAGAGUAUGGUGACAGUAUUGGGUCUCAUACUGUCAUAAAACUUGUUAUUGUAUUUACUUAUGAGGUAGUCGAUACUCGUUGCAUCACAAAUACAACAGUGAAAAGUAGCGUUGCAAUGAAUUUUGAACGAGAUGCGUGGUAUAACAAUCCACGAUAUAGGCAUUACUGGAAGCAUCACGAGCUCAUGAAACAGUGGUACGGCGACUACAAGUCUGCACAUCAAGAACUUCAUAAAUUAGCCACUCUUCACAGCGGCUGGUUGCAGCAGUACCAGCAGCAGAUGCUGCACGCGAAUUGGUGGGACUGGUACCGGCACGCCACGUCGGAAAGCCUGCACCACUCGGACAGAUGCGGCGAACACCGUCGCCCCGACGACGUUCGUAACCGCGACGACUUCCGUCGCCGCGACGACUAUGAACGCGUAUCCACGGAAACGGACGCAUACAGGCAGGCGCCGGAAUCGACGACGGAUUGCGACGGCCGCGUCGCCGACGGCAACGGCGACGACGACGACGUGGAACUGGAGAUGGAGAUCACGGAGGAGAUGAAGGAAUUUUUCGCUAUCUCCGCGAGACAUCGUCAGGAGCGCGACGCGGCGAAGCGACGACCCACCACGACCCGCGACGCGGCGGGGGAGGAGGGGGAGGGGGAUUACGUACUGGCGGAGGACGUGUCGAGUCUGCACAUCCGCGCGACGGUGGCGCCACCUGCGGAGCGUCCGGGCGUGCGGCGGGCAGCGGAGAUGAGAGAACUGUACGGAGCGGGACACGCGAUGAUCCACGGGAUGGAGACGGCCAUGCAGCUGUCCUACGACAGAGACUGCGACAUCAAGCAACCGAAACUGUGGCCAAGCAUUCCUCUGAACCUCUAGAUCACGACCGUAGCUAGCGUGGAGGGGGUAGCCAGCGUGGAGGGGGGCAAGGGUAGCAGCUGGGGCCAAGCAUUCAUCUGAACCUCUAGAUCACGACCGUAGCUAGCGUGGAGGGAAGCAAGAGAGGCAGUUGCCUCCCACAGAGAAAUGUAGAUACGUUACAGUAAUUUACAUGGUCAGUGGCGGUCACCUUCCCAGUACACACCACGUGCGCGGCCUUGUCCCCCCAGGUAAAAUGGGUUAGAUCAGGGUGUGGCUAUCGCAGACAGGGGCAAUUUGGAGGCAGUUGCCACCCACAGAGAUAUGUAGAUAGAUUACGUGGUCAGUGGUGGUCACCUUUCCAUAACUUGCCACACACCUUGCUUUGCCACGUCCCAGGCGAAAUGGGUUACAUACAUACGUUCCUGUAGAUACACAUCUAAACGUCGUCAGGGAAACCUCAGCUCCUGUAUAUAUAUAUAGGUAGCAGGUCCUUAUAUAAUAAUUACGUGAGGAAUUGCUACCUGUAUAUAUGCGUAGAGGUUUCAGAUUGCAUUAUAAUAAUGCAACAGUGUCUUAUAUUCACUUGUGUGGGUGUGCAUGAGUGUUUAGACAAAUGUAUUUGUAAAAUGUUUCAAAUGUUUUUUUAAGAGUUUACAUCAUGUCAUUUUGAACAGAGUAUUUUAAAUGCAUAUAUAAAUCAUCGGUGCAAUAAGAUGGAAUAUAUAGCUGUAUAUGACAUUAAUAUAUAUGUGUCAGUCCUUCAACACAAAUGUGAACACACACGUGCACACGUGCGCAUGCACACACGCACACAUCAAUAUUCUGGCUGUUCAGACUUUAAUGUUGAAACCAGUUUUUAAUGUUGGGUUAUACACAAUCAUCCGAACUCGUUCAAUUCAGACUCAAUUUCCUGAGGCGUGGGCAGAUGCCACACGCUGUGCGGUAUAUACUUCAUUACAAUAUCGACCUUUUCAGCGACUCUCCGUCGUCUUCGUAAAGCUUUCCGUGUUACAAGAAUUAAUUUUCCACCGGUUCCUGGUGGAGCGUAGACCCUAGACAACAAUGUGGCUUUGGUUUCUGUAACAAGAGGUUGUUUUAUGGGCCGAGCUUGCCAACCUUGCGAUUUAUUGAUCGGGUGGACCCGUUGCUACAGCUGGCUUUCACUGAAUUUAAUCCGGAUAAAUUGCCUUUCUCAAUAGCAACAGCAGCACCCAAGGUGGAAUAUAUGCGAACUCCACACCUUUCGCCUUGAAAUUCUGAGUGCUAACCAUUAACACGCACACACCGUUGCACAUAAAAUUUGUUCGCACAAAAUACCGUUUUAGAAUUGAUGGUGCAGGCACCUGCUGACUUUCGUACCCAAUCGGAUUUUGUUAGACGAACUAACAAAAAUGACAAAGAGUCGUUUGGACAAACUCGGCAACUGCCAGCUUUAUAUGUGCCGUGUACGUUUGCGUAAUGAACAUCAUCAUACAUCCGCAUUCGUGCAGCGCAACUGUGACAACCAAGUACAUAGUACAUAGACAAAGCGUAUUCAUAGCAUUGUGAAUGCAACUGUUUUUUCUUUGUCCUCAUAUAUAGCAGCUAGCUUGCUAAUGUUUAUCUAGUAAUCCGGUAAAAAAUGUAUAUUGCGUCUUCACAUCUAAGCAAUCUAACUGCUUCCCAGCACUGAACUGAAUCACCAUCCUAGCGUACUGUAAGGAGCUCUAACUCUCCACACAACAGAUUUUUGAGGCUGGGUUAUAAUUCAGCUUAAUGAUGUCGAGCCACUCCAUGCUAAACUCUCAGUUAAAAAACCUGACGUUAAAAAUUGCGUGCAAUAGAAAGCGGCAUCCCGAUUUCAAGGCAAGAAAGGUUUUUAAAAUCUUUUCUUUGACGUUUAGCGUGCGCACAAAAAAAAAUCAAAAAUAUAAUUAUCACAAUUCGUAGGCUGUUUUGCCUCUUAUUGUCUGUGAGGGCUUCAAUUAAAUGAAUGCAUGUGUGUCUCACGCACUAAUGUAUUUUAUUGUGUCAGAUUCGCUAUGGAAAUGAACUGCUGCAAGAAGUUGUGCAUCACUCAAAUAAAAUAUAUACAAUUACACGCGA